CGUAGUACGUCACGAGCCGCCAUUUUGUGUCCGGACUCCGGAGUGUCCGCAGAGCAGAAGCCCCUUUUCUUUCCUUUUCUUUUAUUUACGCUCCACCGCCGCGGCAAACCGGGACCUCACGCUCACCACUACUCUGCGCUGAGAUGGCCACUGAUCAUGUGAACGGGAACGGCACAGAAGAGCCCAUGGACACUGCAGCGUCGGCAGAGCGUUCAGAGAGUUUCCCUGCCCUGCUGGAGGCUGGACUCCCUCAGACUGUGGCCGAGAAGCUGGACGAGCUAUAUGUGGCAGGUCUGGUGGCCCACAGUGACCUGGACGAGCGAGCCAUCGAGGCUCUGAAGGAGUUUAAUGAAGAAGGAGCUCUACAGGUUCUGCUGCAGUUUAAAGAGAGCGACCUGUCUCACGUCCAGAACAAAAGCGCAUUCCUCUGUGGUGUGAUGAAGACUUACAGACAGAGGGAGAAGAGUGGAGCCAAAGUGUCCGACACAAACAAGGGUCCAGACGAGGCAAAAAUCAAGGAGCUUCUGGAGCGCACAGGCUACACUCUGGAUGUGACCACGGGCCAGAGGAAGUACGGCGGUCCCCCACCGGAGAAUGUCUAUUCCUGCCCCCAACCUCCUGCAGGCACCGAGAUCUUUGUGGGUAAGAUUCCUCGGGACCUGUUUGAGGACGAGCUGGUUCCUUUGUUUGAGAAGGCGGGGCUUAUCUGGGACAUGAGGCUCAUGAUGAUGCCUCUGAGUGGAAUCAACCGUGGCUACGCCUUUGUUACCUUCUGCUCCAAGGAGGCUGCCAUGGAGGCUGUCAAACUGUACAAUAACUACGAGAUCCGUCCCGGGAAGCACAUUGGAGUCUGCAUCUCUGUGGCCAACAACCGUCUGUUUGUCGGUUCAAUUCCCAAGAGCAAGACCAAGGAGCAGAUCCAGGAGGAGUUUGCCAAAGUCACAGAGGGUCUGACGGACGUGAUCCUAUACCACCAGCCUGAUGAUAAGAAGAAGAACCGUGGCUUCUGCUUCUUGGAGUUUGAGGAUCACAAAUCAGCCGCUCAGGCUCGACGGCGCCUUAUGAGCGGGAAGGUCAAAGUGUGGAACAACAUCACGGUCACUGUGGAGUGGGCAGAUCCUAUUGAAGACCCCGACCCUGAGGUCAUGGCAAAGGUGAAGGUGCUUUUCGUGAGGAACCUGGCGAACGGCGUGACUGAGGAGGCGUUGGAGACGGCCUUUGGCGAGUUUGGGAAACUGGAGCGUGUCAAAAAGCUCAAAGACUACGCCUUCAUUCACUUUGAGGAGCGUGAGGGGGCAGUGAAGGCGCUGGAGGAGAUGAACGGGAAGGAGCUGGAGGGAGAGCAGAUAGAGAUCGUUUUCGCCAAACCGCCAGAUCAGAAGAGAAAAGAACGCAAGGCCCAGAGGCAGGCGGCCAAGACCCACAUGUACGAUGACUUCUAUUACUACCCUCCUCCUCACCAUAUGGCUCCUCCCUCCAGAGGGCGUGGCCGUGUGGGCAGCCGCGGCGGCUAUGGCUACCCUCAGGACUUUUAUGGCUAUGAUGACUACGAUUAUUACUAUGGUGAUUACCACGGAGGUUACCGCGGCUACGACGACUACUCUUACGGCUAUGAAGACUUCCAGGCUCCGCCCAGAGGCCGCGGGGCGCGUGCCCGGGGCGGAGCCUCUCCCGCAAGGGGGCGUGGCAUCACUGCAGGAGCGCCCAGAGCCAGGGCAGGCUUCCAGCAGCGAGGGGCGGGACCACGGGGCAGGGGAGCCCCGCGCGGAGUGCCCCCCAGAGGCCGAGGCGCGGACUCGGCUGUGCCCUCCUGCCCUGAAGACUGCUUAUGAAGCUCCCUCUGCGUGGCGCCCUCUAGCACCGGCACGCCAUUGGACCAGGGGUAAGGUCACCUGACUCCGUGGGCCAAUGGGAAGCGAGCAUCGGCCCACGCAGGAGUUUGAAAACUGGAGUGAAACGGCAGACUCAGAUGGUGCCAGCCAUUUUGAAAAGCUGUCCUUAUGGUCGGUCUACCUCAGUGAAGUGCAGUCAGGCCCAAACAUGGUGCUCUCUGGGUGAGGGAGACACUAUGAUGAUCUGUAGCAAAGUGGCUGAGUGGUUGGCACCUUUGCCUCACAGCAGGAGGAUCCUAGGUUUGAGUCCCAGACUGGAGUUUGCAUGUUCUGCCUGCUCCAGUUUUUCCCCCUUUCAAAAUCAUAGCUCCUGAUUUUGGAUCUCAAUAAAAUAAAAAGGGGAUAUUUUGCAUAAUAUAUAUUUCUAUGAAGUUUCUACAUGGCUCCCUCAUCAAAACCAUGCCUGAGGAGGUUUUAGAUCGUGCAUGUUUGAGUAAUCUAGUGAUCUCCCCCGGGCCCUAUUUAAACCCUCCUUAUGGUUGGCAGUACAAGCCUAUACAAGGCUCUGCCCACAAUCCUACAUCACCCAUGCUACCACAUGAUAAUUAUCCAUAAAUAUACAAAAACAUGACACAAAACUGUACACCGCUACUUGAAACCACUGAACACCACAUCUGAUUUGUCAUUAGUGGGAUGCGGCCAAGUGUUUUGAAAGCGUUCUGAAGGGGAGUGACUUAGCUCAAGAGCAAAGGGAGGAGGGACUUGGAGUCACGCAGAAAGACUUAUAAAACAUGUUAAUGUAUUGGGCAAAAUAUAGCAUUUACAAACAAAAGGUUACAUGGUGAUCUAUAUGUUAUGUGUAUAAUAACCCUAUUUAAUAUAAUACCCCCUCUUUAAUCUUUUAGAGAAGCAGAUUAUGUCUGUGUUCACCUUGCUUUUUCUGAAACUAUAGUGAAACCUCAACAUUCAAACUGAGGAAUUUGGUUCAGAAUGAGAGCAGCAGCAGAGUGGUUAGCACUUUGUUUCACUGUUUAACUAUGGACGCCCCUCUGGAUAGCAGGGGCCAAUUCUAGUGAUUGUCAAUUUUCAUUCAAAGUAAAGUAGAAUUUUCAGAUUUUCUGCACUUUAAUAAGAUGCAAUAUAGUGAUUCAGAUUCUUAGUUGUAUCUUCAUUUCCCUUACCCACAACUUCACUGAGGCUGGAGGGCUAACCACUCUGCUGCUGAGGCUGGAGGGCUAACCACUCUGCUGCUGAGGCUGGAGGGCUAACCACUCUGCUGCUGAGGCUGGAGGGCUAACCACUCUGCUGCUGAGGCUGGAGGGCUAACCACUCUGCCAGUCCUUAAGCUUGUCCAAACCCAGGCCACCUCUUCACUUUGAGCCUUAACUUGUUCAUGAGGUUCUAUGACUGAUUUAAAUUCUCUAUAAAUGGAAUGAUCCAAAUGUCUUCCAGUUCAUAAUGUGAUUUAAUUUUUACGCACUUCGUACCUACAUUUUAAGUGAGGUAAAGGUCAGAACAUAUUUCACACCAGUUUCGGUUUUGGCAGAUUCGACAGUGUAGCUUUAAGGCAACAGGCCCUGCACCUUAUGAGAAACGAGCGGUCUCUUAGAAUAUCGUUUAGUUUGUACCAAAUACAGUAGGAAAAGGCAAGGAAAAAUCAUUGUUAAAUUGGCAAAAGCACUUAUUUGCGCUUUCCUAAAGAAGUUGAGUUGAAGAUGCAUCCCACAAAAGUUUAACUUUGAAAAUCAUGAGUUAAAGCAGCACUAGCCCCAGUUUUGAAAGUUUAGUUUAGACCAGUUCGAGUCACAAAUCAGCUGGAACAUUAUGACUGAAUCCUGUUCAUUAGGCUGGGUCUAAACCUGGGUCUAAACCUGGGUCUAAACCUGGGUCUAAACCUGGGUCUAAACCUGGGUCUAAACCUGGGUCUAAACCUGGGUCUAAACCUGGGUCUAAACCUGGGUCUAAACCUGGGUCUAAACCUGGGUCUAAACCUGGACUGAGUAACUGCUGGUUGUAUUAAAGCAGCCUGUUUCCACAGGGCGAGCUGGUCAUAAUGUUUUGGCAGACCUUCUCGUUUAAAGGGCCCAUAUUACACUAUGGUCUCUUCUGUAGUUUCCUCAUCACAAACAGCCUAAAUCUGCAGGGUUUGUGUUUUAAACAUGUUUGAAUAAAACGCCAGCUGAGUUCUUAACUGAAAUCAUGCUGUUCCACCUUGUGAUGUCAUGUGGUAAUACAGGAAGUGCUCUGUGUUUUUAAACUCUAUACACGUUCACUAUAUUUCAGAAGAGAUGGGCAAUUCCAGGGCCAAAAUUAUCCAAAUGAUUAAAGAUAAAGGGUAGCUGUUAACUUAAACUACCACUUCAUGACAUCCCUAGGUGGAACAGAGCCCUUUGAGCUUUGGAGAUGUAGACGGACUAAUAACUCAGACAUAUGUGAAAACAAAACACAACUCGGGUAUGUUUUUGAGGAGUUAACUUUGUGUAAUAUAGGGCCUUUUAAAUACUGAUUAACCUAAAUUUUUUUGACUGAAGCUCAGUCACGACUCAGACCUGAAAGUCUCUAAACUUCAUUUUAAGUGUCAUGUUUUUCCUUAAGGAAUAUUUGUACUUUUGUUUACUCUAACAGUUUGUAUGGACUUUUAUUUUGAAGGGUCAAAUGUUUUAUUUUGAUAAAGAGUGUGUUUUUGCAUUCUCGCAAAUGGCUGUUUUAUAUUGUACAGAGACAAAACUUAUUUUUGUAAUAAAGUUUUUGACAUGAA